UAUAAUUAUCCGCCCGCGUGUCGUGGCCAAGAAUCGUACUGCCAACGUGUUUCACAACGAAUCAGUUUCUAGUUGAACCUUUACUGACCACGUUUUAGUUUUAAGAGGUUUUUGCCCGAAGACUGUUGUAAAACGAGCAGAGAAAUUUUAACGUGAAAGCUUAACAUAAAGAUAUAUUAAAGCUUUUGAACCAUUGUUUUAAAGAAAAACAAAUAUGGCUAUCGACAACCGACCACGAAACCGUGAGCAUGGGUACGGGCCUUAUAACCGAGUCAAUCCGAAAGUAAACCAAUCUAAAAAUCUCCCCUACCGUCGUCCCAGUGCACCACGUGGAGCUGCGUACGUUCACGUUGAAGCCUCACCAGCGUCAUCUUGCGGAUACGCCGCAAUGCAACCGCUACCGGCUGGUGGCAACAGAGGUUUUCAAAAUCAUCCUUCAAACUUUAACCCAAAUAAACGAGUCCCACCAUUACAACCUCCCUUGCCAGAAGCGAAUGAGUUUCACUCAACAAGACGUUGCGCUGAUAGCCAUGCCCAUGACAUUACCUCCACCCAUAGAAGGAACGGCUAAACUGCCGCAGUUCGGAUUUCUUUACCAAGAAUUUGAGCGCAUGAAAAAAAUCGGGCUAAUGAAGACCGCUGCGCAACCAGCAACUGCCGUGUCCUCUGUACCGCUGGUUACGAAAACGAUCCCUACAUUUAAUGUGGUUUCCGCACAACCGGAGCGAAAUGAGCGGGAUUGUUUUGUUGCUGCAAUGAAACUAUUCAUGAAGUCUUACAUGCCAACCGCUUGCUUUGACUGUGCUGAACCGGUGGACGACUGGAGCAAAGAGGCGGGCGCACUUAUAAGUGAAAUCACUAGUGCAGCAACUGCAGAACGUUGCACGAAAAGCACCUGGCCAACGAAAUCUAGGAGCCCUAGCAUCGAUAGUUCCGUGGAUUCGGCUCCGAAUUCCAUCGUCGAAGAUAUACAUAGACACCUACUGGACAUCAAACCCUCACCUUACCCCAGUGGUGUACCAGCAUCUGUGAAUAGCAGUGAUAAUGAAGACGACGAUGGAAGAUCGAUAACAAAGAGCCCGCUGCAACAUUCUUCAUACAACCAGGACAACGUUUGUAAAAUCCGUUUAUCCAUGGAUUCUGGGUACCAGUCGUCGUCCACAGAUGGAGGCAGUAGCAUGAGCUCAAAGUAUCCGGCAGUUCACGGUAGCCAGGUGACGAGGGAGUUGUACGAUGACGCGGCGUCCGAGAUUUCUUCGUCUUCCUCCACCUCCCAACCAUGUUCUCCGACCCGCAGAGAUUUCCCCGGGGACUUCGAGUUAAACUCUGUGUCUCCAAGGUCUUUGCAAACUUAUUUAUCAGCACUGCAACAGUUGCCUUUUCAAAACAACAACAAUUUACCGGCGAAGCGUACAGUUUCUGGUGACAGUGAUCUAACCACCGAGCCCUACCAGAAGCACAAAGAAUGGAUCACAGAAGAAAUAUUAGAAAUGAUAGCGGUGAGGGACCGACUUUACAAACGAAUGAAGAAACAACCUUCGCCGGAUAUGGUGGAAAUGUAUAAGAAGGUUCGAAACAUGGUUGUUGGGUUGACAAGGAAUGCAAAAAGAGCUCACGAGAAGAAAAUUGAGGACGCCACAAAAUUCGGUGGAUAUUCUACCCCUACCCCGCCCUCAUUCGGUGUAACUGCACGUUAUAGGUAGUUAUGGUUGCUUUUAACCGUGUGUGUAUUUGUGUUUCCAGAUUUUAUGUGUAUGAUAUUGAGUGCGAUUUUAUAAUCUGUAUUUUCCAUCUGUAUUUUAUGAAGCUUUCUUUUAUCGUUUUCAAAUGUUCUCAAAAGUGCCGCCUUCGAGUAUUUGAUUUCAUUGCAUGUUUUUCUGAUGUCCGCACAAGUUUUUGAAUUCCGAAUAAAUUUGUGUGACGUCUAACAAA